UCAACAUCGUGCGCAUGCUGAUAAAGUCGAAAAACCCAUAGUGACUAGAUCCCGAUACGCAAUUCAAACCAUUAUAAGAAGAGUACGUUGUGGUACAUCAAUUAAUUUUGUUAGAAAAAGUGUUAUUUGGUUGUUCUUGAUUACGCUGGCGAGAUACCAGGGAUCAUGAAAACCAUCACUCUUGUUUUCGUUGCGAUUUUCGCAGUCGUCAGCUGUUCUGAAGAUUAUUGCUACAAAGAUACAGUACGUGCUUGCAAACCCACCACCAACAAGCAACUGGUCGCAUUGCCUAAUUGCAACGCCAAGUAUGGAUCCAUUGACGGGCUCCAAAGUGACCUCCAAAGAUUUGCUAACCAUCAUUUCUUGAGAUCAUUUGACCUGUUACUCAUGUCUACUCAUUAUGGUAACUAUGAAAAGAACCGUGUGGGUUUUGAAAAAUUGUUUCGAAAAAUUUCCGACUCUCUUUGGCAUGAGGGUAUCGAACUAAUUAAGUACAUAACUAAACGUGGAGGCGAUAUGGACUUUAACAAUGUUAACACUGAAAUCAAAGAGGAAAGUUCAACCCCCAACUGGGAACUUUAUGAGAUUGAGUCAUUGGCCAAAGCGCUGGACAUUGAGAAAAAUCUGGCGAAAGAGGCGUUCCAGAUUCACCAACAGGCCACAAGAAUAAAAGUAGAAAAUCAUGAUCCGGAAGUGGCGUCUUACCUUGAAGAAGAGUUCAUGCAUGAGCAAAGGGAUGUCAUCAGGCAAUUGUCCGGAUACACCACUGACUUGAGUACCUUGCUUGAUGGGCCUGACAGUUCACUGGCUUUGUAUUUGUUUGAUGAACAUUUACAGAAAGAAAUUUGAGGUUUUUGUAAAUAAUCAAACAAAUUGCAAGUUUUUUCUUUAGUCUUAGUUUUCUCAGUCCUACUCCAUUGUUUCAACAGCCAGAUUGGUUUUUGUGAUAACAUAAUUUUAUACUAUAUUAUUUGUAGAGUACUUGUUUGAAUAUAAUACACAACUUUC